AUGGUGAUGGUAAUCGAGUUCCGUUUGAGGAAGCUCGAACACUAUUGUCGCCUGAUGGACUUGGAGCCGCACCGGCUGAGGAAGCGGAACACCCCGGAGGAGCUGUACUGGCAGCUCAUGUGGAUCCCAAGAAGCGCGGUCCUCGUUCGAGCGAAGGACCAUCGCAUUCACAACAAGACCAAGCGACCCAAAGUGGGUAAACACUGGACGUUUGCCAUUUGCGGCAAGCAUCUCUUGCAGACUUUUCUCAUCCAUUACCUGUGCUGGCAAGUUCUGGAGCCGGAGCCUCACGUGGCCAAAGAGCGCGUCUCCGACCGAGAGCUGAACAAGCCGGAAGGUGUCAUCCACUGGUGCAAAAGAACUAUCGCCUGGCUUCUGUGCCAGCAGUACGAGGAGCAGUGGCUUUCUACUUUCUUCAUCGACCACAUGCUUCUGGUCAUUGUAGGCUUACCCUACUGCUUCUUGCAACUGAUGCUGGCAUUUGUGCACGUCAACAUGCGGGAGUCCGGCAUUGAGAUGGAAGGUGCCCUGAAGGAGGACACGCAGAUUUUCAUCGCAGGCAUUUUCUCCCUCUAUGCAGGAUUCAAUAUGGUGGGCUUCCUCUGCGUCACACUCGGCAACGGUGUACGCCCGCGGCAAGGCUACGCAUACGUCUUUCAAGUGCUCACCUUGGUACUGGCUGUUGUCAUGGCGCUGGAGUUCCUUGUCCAGCAGCAGUACCGACAGCGCUACUCGCAGUUUCAGUUUCGUGAUGUGAUCGACAAUUACGGCAAGAUGCGGCUCUUCAUGUCAGCCUCGCAGCUUUUCGCGACUCACGGACUCUUCAUGCUUUGUGCCAUGCACUUGGGCCAUGCGCAGCACUUCGAGAGAUGCCCGGACCUUCCUUGGCGCAAGGCCGCGACGAAGGCCCUGGGAUGCCUCUUACUUAUGAUCUGCAUCAUCUGUGCUGGCUACGCGAAUCGAACAGGGCACAGCUGGCCACGGUGUGGUAGCGUGAGGUUCGCCAUCGCGGCAUGGUAUGAGUGCACAGCCCAGGCCAGCGAGGUCUUCGUGGGACUUCUGCUGCUCUCUGUGGGUCUGCGGCAGACAUCUGAGAGGGUCGAGUUGGGCGCGACGGAGUGGAAGCUGCUUCCGGCCAUGAUGGCGUUCUUCGAUUUCGACUCUUUCCUGAUCCUCGUGACCUUCACUGCCUCUAUCGGAUUCAAGCUCGCCGAAACUUUCAAUUACUUUGCCGAGAAGAUGAUGAUCUCCUGGAGUUUGUCCGUUGCAAGCACCGCCAGCAGCGUCGGACUUGCUGUGUUCACUUUCGCCUGCUGGCGAAAUCCGCCUCUGCAUGGCUUUCCCCGGUUCUGCCUCUGGAUAGCGUUGCUGUACACCUUCCAUGGUUUCAUUGACUUCCAGUUCUUUGAAGACUGCGAGUUCACCUCCUCCACUCCAGGCUGCUGCGACUUUCCCGGUCUCCGGGACGUGGUAGGUGAAGGAAAGGAGGCCUGGCAGCGGUGUGCUCUGGACGAUCGCUGCGACAUUGCACACACUGUGCCGAAUCGCGGCAACGAGACCUUCUACUGUGCUCUACCUCACCACCAUGGACAUGGCCAGGCCAAGGACCACGCGCAGCCGCAUCACACCGCACAUCUGCACCAAAUUUCGUUUCGCUCCACGCUGUCCAAGGAGAAGUGCGACAAGCUCCAUCAGCGUUGGCGUGCGUUUCCGAAGGACCUCAAGAUUGCCGAGCUCAGCGAAGAAGAGGAGUCCUUCUCCACGGCUUUUAUUCAGCUGAAAACGGUUGGCAGCGCCGGCAACAUCGAGUUCCAUUUCGCCAUCAUUGGCAUUCUCCUGAAGGUCAUACUCUUCGUCGAGCACCCCAAUAGCGUCACGAUCUUGCAGCAGCGCCGCCGUCACGAGCAAGCUCGCCUUUCUCGGCAUGCUCUCUGA